CCCGCUGCUCCACCCCCCGUUUGAUUCUCCUCCAUCCCCCUUUGCGCGGGAGGGGGAAAGGGGAACUCGCAGAGAAGGUAUUGGACGAUUCCUGACGAAGGUACGUUCAGCAUAGCUUGACGCGAUUUCAUCCUAAAAACUCUAUUCAAGCACUCACCCUGGAGGCAAGAGCAUCCACAGCUUCGGGAGCUGUUUGUUUCGGGGUGCCGGUCUUUUCUUUUCUCUUUUUUUUUCAUACUUUAUUUACUUUUUUUUUCCGGAGCGAGAAAAAGAUUUUCGACUGCGUGCGUCAAUUGCCCGGCUGAAUCGUCGUCGCCCGAAGCGCGGAUUCGAGACCGUCGAAACUGGGCCAUCGUGUCCGAAAAACUGGACGCUGUCUGAUUGAAAACACUUCCAGAACUUUUUCAAUCUUUAACCCGGGGUCAGGAGAGUGCAGUCACGAGGGCCUUCUCUAUGAAUAAAUUGUCGUCUCCACAGCAUCGUCUAAGCCUUUCAUAUUUACCUAAAGGAAUCUGAUGAAAAAAGACUCUGGACUUGUUAUUCAACCCCGUUAAAAAGUGUGUAAUUAAUAAUUCGUGGAUCAUUAUCGAAUCAUUUGUUUUCCAAACUGUUUGAAGUUUUCUCCGUGAUAGUGAGAAGAAUAUCCUAACUGCCAAAGUUUUCACUAUUUGUGAUAUAUUUAUUUAAUCUGUUCUUUGUUGUCAACUACCUUCUGGGAGCGAAAACAUUUCAGUGUUCGGAUUCCCAAACAUUUAAUGGUCAGUCCCAUCGUUUGUUUAUUGUUCUGCUGAAAGGGUGAUCACGUUGGCCGAGGUGCAGAUCUUGCCUGAGGUGGGGGUGGAUACCCCCCGGGAGACGUGGGAGAUGUUGAUGGCUCAGCUUCAGCAUCAAUCGGACAUGGUUUCAUCGAGGAAAGGAAAGGGUCCUCCGACAGAGGGGGAAGGUAUGUCCCCCUUUUCACCUACGCAAGCCAUAGCUCCGAAAACUGGAAUCACCCGCUCUCAAUUUUCUUUGCCUUAUGAUUCGGAGGAGCGUCGUGACCUUGUGAGUGGUCACGCGGCGAGCUUAGGCCCCAUUACAAGCAUCGGCUCUGUAGGCUCGACGGCCACCUUUAGUAGCACGCCCCGGCUCACGCACACACCCACUUCAGCGGACUUUCAGCCGCCUUACUUCCCACCCCCUUACAACUUACCACAGCAGCAGCUCGACUUCCACCACGCGGCACACGCUGUCAAUGCCGCUGAUCCCUAUGGACACCUCAAUAGUCUUGCAGCCCAGCACCCGCAGCACCAGUACCACCAGCUGCAUCCCCCACCACAGAGGUCACACAAUGUCCGUCGGCCGGACGACGACCCCCUCCACCCGCUCCAGACAGCAGGCAUGCAUCCGGGCCUAUCUGCGACGUACGCGGAUUCUGUGCGAGGACGUACGGAUCCGGCAUACGCUGCUGUCCGUAGGCCGGACGUACUUGUUCAUGGGGGGCAUCAUGGACUCAGUGAACAAGAUCUGCUCAACCUCCACAACGCCACUCUUCCCGCCAUAGAUGACGGACAGGGUGGAAGCGUCGAAGACGCAAAUAGCUUAUUUCCUGGUGAUCAUAACAGUGUAAUUAGAAAAGCUGCCGAAUGGAAUUAUGGCCGAAUGUGGGAAACGCAAUGUAGGGGCAUCAAACCGAGGAACAGUGACAAUCAUAAGGAAAUGGUCAUCACAGGCGUGACGUCCCCCACCGACGUGUUCUGCUCCGUGCCCGGAAGGCUGUCCCUCCUCAGUUCCACAUCUAAGUACAAAGUGACGGUCGGAGAAGUACAGAGGAGGCUGUCGCCGCCCGAGUGCCUCAACGCAUCGCUCCUGGGAGGUGUCCUAAGGAGAGCCAAGUCCAAAAAUGGCGGCCGUUCCUUGCGAGAGAAGUUGGAGAAGAUUGGCUUAAACUUACCUGCCGGCAGGCGGAAAGCGGCAAACGUAACUCUCCUUACAUCUUUAGUAGAAGGUGAAGCGAUUCAUUUGGCGAGGGAUUUCGGGUAUGUGUGCGAAACGGAAUUUCCUUCACGCCAAGUUGGUGAAUAUUUAUGCAGAAACCACAGCGAUCCCAGUGAACUUUACCGGAGAAAAGAAUUAUUCCUAGCCACGAAGCAAAUUAUGAAGGAAUUUGUAGAUCUCUUAAAUCAAGACCGCUCUCCGUUGUGCAACACAAGGCCUCAGAACAUUCUCGAACCUAAUAUACAGAGACAUCUGACGCACUUUUCUCUCAUAACGCACGGUUUCGGUAGCCCGGCCAUCGUUGCCGCGCUGACUGCUGUCCAGAACUUCAUGAAUGAGUCUCUCAAAUAUCUUGAGAAACAGCUAAACUCUUACCAGACAUCAGGAGGAACGCAUGUUCCUGGAGUAGACACUAAGAAAGAGGACCAAAAGAAAUGAAAGUGUACCAAUUUGAAACAUAUACUCGGAAAAAACAAAUGAUCGAAGAAAGAUUAUGUUGGAUUUCUGAGUCUUCAACUAGUCUUUCCAGAAGACUCGGGCUUAUGAUACUUAGAACUUGUUGGGACGUACCCUCCUGGUACUUAUUUCACCAUUCCCGUCCCAAUUUCAAUCACUUGAUGAGAAAGAGGAGAUUAUAAAUAAGUUCUCAGCAUAAGAUGAAAGAGCCUGGACGCAAAAGCUGGCACACGUCAACAAGAUCUAAAUGGACUACGUUGGGGACCUAGAGGAUAGAAAGUCCUGUUGACCAGGAUGAAAGAUAUGUUCUCCAAAGCCAAAAUAUCCUUCUUGUAAGGAGUCGUUAUCAUUCAGUUGCCAAAUUGACGAAUUUUGUCUCCAAAUUCAUAUGUAAAGACUAGUUUGCAUCAUGUGCUGUUCCAUGAACAAAAAGAUAUCUGUAUGUGGCCAAAUCCCUACUGACGACAUAUUUCUACCGUUUCAUAAGGUGGAAUGUUGCUCAUCUGUUGUCUAUAGUGGCAACAUGAUUAGUUUUAGAACAUUUAGAAAGAUACUUUUCUCUUUCAAUCUCCUAUAAGUGGGGGCUUGUAUAAUAUUGAGCUAAUUAACAUGUAUUGUAAUUUAUAAAUUGGAUCUAAUUUUUUAAUCCUAGUUGACUUCUAAACAAAAUAAGGCAGUAGUAUUUAAAUUGAAGUAUUCGAAUGGUUUUUUUUUCAUUGUUAUUUUCAUAGUAAACAUAUGAACGAAAAAUGUAUUAUAUUAAAAACUUGCCGUUGAUCGCAUUAAAAAGAAUAUCUUUAUGUGAAAAUAGUGUAAAGCGAUUACAUCAUUCAAAUAUUUUCGGAAUAUAUAUUUCAGUUUUAUUCAUAUGAAAUUUAAACGUAUAUCAGUAAUAAUGUUGCAUAAAACUGUCAUAAAAUUUUUGUUGUGAAAUCUUACGAAAAAUGUUAAAACACAUUUAGAUAUUCUUCGCCAUUGGUUCAGAUGGUCAUGUGAUUAUUUUCAAAGACUUUGUCAAAAGUAUUGGCUCUGAAAACACUACACUGUAAUACUGCUAUGCAUAAUGCAAGACAUACUAUAAUUUAUGAAGUUAUUAAGAAUUUUAUUUAUUUAUUAAGGAUAUUAAUUAAUAACAUGCAUAUUUUUUAAAACUUUCGGCAUAUUUGAAUAAAAUGUUUACUGUUUAUUUAAUAAAACACCGAUAAAAAUUUAGAAAAAUUAAUAUCUGAGAUAAUUAAAAUUUAUCUCAAAAAGAAUAUUUAUUUAAUUAAUUAAUCAAUACCCUGAUCCUUAUUAUCAAUUACCUACAAUAUAAAUGCCCGAAUAUUAAUUAAAAUAUUUCUGUUAUUUAAUUUAAUUAAUUAGAAAUAUGAAAAAUUAAUAAAACAUUUGAUCGAAACGAAAUGCUGAAGUACAUUUAGAUUUUUAAACAUUCGGUUUUUCGACUUCUGGAGUAAACUCUAAAUCCCUUUAUGUAUCUAAAAUUUAUUCAUUUCCUGGCAAACGUUUUUGACGAAAAUAAUCUUAUUUCAUUAUCAUACGCUUCUUAUUUCUUGAAAAUUAUUUUUAGGAGUUUGCUAGUAAUGCAAAUUUAAC